GCACCGUUAGUGACUUUCACUUAAAUGAGACUUUGACCUAAGCCGCAGCCCUAGCCACACACACACCUUCGUCUUGAAGCGCUGCACGGCCGUGAGGAGGCUCAUGAGCAGCAUUUUGAUGACCAGAACGCCGGCCCAGAACACAUAGCUCUUGAACACGGGAUUAUUAAGGCUGAGUAGCUCCACAACGCCGGCCAUCUUUCACUUGAUUUUAGUUUUAUUUUAGAUUAUUAGAUGAUUUUCUGCCGGUCGGUUCGAUUGUCAGGUCUGUAGCGCGCCGUGAAAGUUCAAGUUUUGAGAGCAUUCGUGCUUGUGUGUUUUCUUUAUAUGGCUCUCGCUCACUUGUUGGAAAAGCUCUCUCAAAGCUCAAAGCAAAAGUGUCGCGUCAUUCUGAGCAAGCCAGAAAUUAUGUCGAAUUGAAGACAGUUUGAGAGCAGCUGCUAUGGAAUUUGUCUGUUUACACUAAGCAGAAGGCAAGCCCCAGCCAUUGACCUGCCAAAUCAAUGGGAUCACUUUAGCCCUUAAGGGCAUCUUCAAAUGUGUCGAAUUGGUCAUGUCAUAAAAUAUUCAAGUAAAUCCGAACUUAAGCCAAAGUAGUGUCAACGAUGCACCAGAGGGAAAAAAAAUUGUACUUACUGCCGUUACGAAGCGGGUGAGGCCCGUAAGGAUGCCCAUGGCAAAGAUUUUGAGCACCAGAACCGCCGUCCAGCCGAGGUAGACGCGGAACACCUCGUUCUCCAUAGAAAUCAACUCGGGAUGCAGCAUUUUGAGACCUCAGACAGACCUUUCGCGUGCACUCACAGACUGAAUCGUUCGAUGCACGACAAGUGAGGGAAAACUAGUAAUAUCGCGAUUGGAUGCCCUGUAGAGCUCGCCCCCAAAGGGGUAUAUACUGGGUUGGGUUAGUUGUCUGUGUGAACAUGUUGGCUCGAAUAUGAUCAGAUCUAGCAUUUCCCCCAAGGGGUUGGCAUGUAAUUAACAGGGUAUUUAUCUACUAAAUACCCGUUUUGCUAUGAUUAAAAUUAAAUGAAACAACAAAAGCAUACAAAUUGCCGGUAAUUAGCGUAAAAUUGCAAAGACAAAAAGCUCCAAAGCUCAAUUAGCUUUCGUUCUGGAAAAUUGCGAGUAUCGUAAACGAAGCUCCCUCCCGUUCCGUGCAUAAGGUAGGGAAAUGGGAUUAAUCGAGGGAGUGGAGCGAUAAGCAAGGUUCAAAAAUAGGUCGAAAGGUACAUAUGUACAAAGAUUUUCAUAUGAGGGGUGUAUCAUAUCAGCAGGUGCUUCAAAGCUUUGUGCUUUUUUUUUUUGAUAAGACCAUUUCGUUCUCCCCAUUAAGGUUGGGAGAUCACUUGAAAUCACAAAAAAUAAAUUUUUAAAAGUUGGACCCUUUUAACUAUUCAUCUAUAUUUUUUGCCUUUCGAAUCCCCUGAAGAGCGCUCCACAAUCAGAUAUUUCUAUGAAUCUAUAGCAUUCAGAUGCACUUCUCCUCUAAAAAUAGAUAGAAACUGGUUUCUGAUGCAAACCUGAUCCAAAACUGGUACAUAAUGGAUUACAAAAAUGGUAAUUCUGCCAUAAAACUACAACCAAUCUCCUUUUUCCAAUCAUAGGAAUCGAAAUCUAUAAGAAUGCUUUAAAAAUGGGGACUGCCCCUCCAAAAUUAGGAACUUAACCUAAUGGCCCCAUUCCCCCAUUCCUCAGUCCAGAGAGUCGGGGCAUAAAUCUUGACAUAACCUUCUAGCAGCAAAUCAUUAGCAAUGUGAGGCCGCAUCAUAAUAGAAUCAUAAUCAUUUCAUAAUCCGAGAAAUAAUGUGUGCUCUGCCCCAAACAUAACAAUAAUUAUGAGGCACACAACAUCCCCGCCCCAUGCCCAUGCCCAUUCCUAUUCCCACUCUUCAGCCAGUCAAGGGGGCCUUCCUUAAGUGCGCUCUGUAAAAUUGUGGGAUGUCUGGUUGCGGUUCCGUCUUACAGCAGAAAAGCACGCCAGGCGGUUUCCACUUCACGAUAAACAGCAGAUAAACAGAGCCACAAAAUGAAAAGCCUAUUUCCUCUCGGGUCCUCUCCAGCCGCCGCCCAAAAGUGUAAUUAAUUAAUUUCGCGCUCGUUCGCUGGUCAUCCAAUCCAAUCCGAUCUGCUGCAGAACAUCAGAGAUUUGCAUAGCCUCUCGCAUGCCACACACAGCAUCCACGGGGGCAAGCAGCAAUCAGUUUACGUUCCGCUUUGGUCGUGUACACGCUGAACGGAUCGAAAUAGGGAGCGUCUUCAAACUGGAUCACAUCUUCGAGGACUACCAUCGGCAACAGUUUCAUAAAAUGUCGCACGGUGAACGUAAAGGUCGCCUCAAUGUGGUCAAAUUUCUGGAAUUGGGGUUUGCCGUGGCCUGUUUGGUGCUGCACUUUUACAGCUUCAACGAUCGCGAUAUUAUGACAUCAUUUCUGGCCACCGGCACCUUCACGGGCUACAUUAUCGUGGUGAUUGGUGUAUUUGCUGGCGUUCUGAUGCGGGCACCCAUUCACAAGCGCAUCGACAUAUUCUUCAGCGUCAUGGGCUGCGCCCUAUUCGUGGCAAGCGGUGUGUUCAUCAUCGAGGCUUGGGAGUUCUCUUUCAGGACACGGACACGCGACCUGGCGCUGAUCAAGGCCUCACUGUCUAUCGUCAAUGGCGUGCUCUUUGGAUUCGAUGCCAUCUUCACCUUUCGGGACAAGUGAACGGGCCUCACACAACCUUUAUUUUGUGUUUUUUUUAUUGCUUCUUUCAUACGCAUUUAAUAGUCCAUAAGUCGCAGAUUCAGAUUCAGAUUCAGAGUUCAUUUAAUUUCAUUUAUUUAUAUAUUUUUUACUCAAACAUUCGCUCUUUAGAAUAACACUAACCACACAUACAACUGAAUAGCUUAAAACUUACUAGCGAGCUUCCCUCAAGUUCUCCCCUACCGAACCUACCCAACGUGCUGUGCUGUGUGUGAUGGUGGUGAUGCCUUAGAUUAAUACAACUGCAGAGGUUAUAGCCACUCUAGCGCUUUCCCUCGGGUGCAUUCUUAGAUUUUAAAACACAAUUGGAAACGAUUGGAUGCAUCUAUGAUUGUUACAAUAAUUUUCGAUUGCUUUGCCUUCGCCACAGAAACGCGUCUUAGAUUACAUUUGCAUACGUUCAGAUCUAGUCUUUAGCGAUUCCAUGCGUCUGUUAGAUGCGCUAGAUUCCCAGAGAGUGAUGGGAGACGCUGCUAGCUACUCUAGCAGCUCGCAUGCAUCCAUUCUCUGUGUGAUCGAACGCAUCAGACGAUUUUUACAAUUGCUUUUGCUUUACACACAUUCUAAGAUUGCUCGUACAUUUUGCAUACACGUUAGUCACUCUCUUACUCUCGUCAAUAUGAUCGUCCUUGUCCCCUAAACUCGCUUAAAUGUAAGUGUAAUAAUUUGUCUGUUAUUGUGUGAGAUUUAGUCUCAAUAAAAAGUAAAUCGUACGCUUUUUAAAUUAGUCAUUGACAUGGAAAAUGGUCCGAAAAAAA